UCGGAGCGGCGGCGGCGCGGAACACGGCGGCAGCUCCCGGCGGCGGCUCCCGGUGGGACGGGGAGGGCGCCCGUGGGACAGACACCUUUCUGGAAAUAUGGUUCUUCCUUUGAACUCCUUUUUUGGCUUCCCUGUCAUACUCCUGUAUCAUUGGAUGGGGACAACUUUACCUUUGAAUCUGGAAGAUCCCAAUGUGUGCAGCCACUGGGAAAGUUAUUCAGUUACAGUGCAAGAGUCAUAUCCACAUCCUUUUGACCAAAUUUACUACACCAGCUGUACUGACAUCCUAAACUGGUUUAAGUGCACACGACACAGGAUCAGUUACCGUACUGCCUACAGACAUGGUGAAAAAACAAUGUACAGGCGUAAAUCCCAGUGCUGCCCUGGAUUUUAUGAAAGCAGGGAAAUGUGUGUCCCUCAUUGUGCUGAUAAAUGCGUCCACGGCCGUUGUAUUGCUCCCAACACCUGUCAGUGUGAGCCUGGCUGGGGAGGACCCAACUGCUCCAGUGCGUGUGACAGUGACCACUGGGGACCUCACUGCAGCAGCCGCUGCCAGUGCCAGAACAGGGCCCUGUGCAACCCCAUCACCGGCGCCUGCCACUGUGCCUCGGGCUUCAAAGGCUGGCGCUGCGAGGAACGCUGCGACCAAGGGACGUACGGCAACGACUGCCACCAGAAAUGCCAGUGCCAAAACGGAGCCACCUGCGACCACGUGACGGGGGAGUGCAGGUGUCCCCCCGGAUACACCGGCGCCUUCUGCGAGGACCUCUGUCCCCCCGGGAAGCAUGGGCCACAGUGUGAGGAGAGGUGCCCGUGCCAGAAUGGAGGCGUCUGUCACCAUGUCACCGGGGAGUGCGCCUGCCCGCCAGGAUGGAUGGGCAUGGUCUGUGGUCAGCCUUGUCCUGAGGGUCGUUACGGGAGAAACUGUUCCCAGGAGUGCCAGUGCCACAACGGAGGAACCUGUGACUCGGCGACAGGUCAAUGCCAUUGCAGCCCAGGUUACACAGGGGAACGAUGCCAAGAUGAGUGUCCAGUGGGGACUUAUGGAGUGCAGUGUGCUGAGACCUGCAAGUGCAUGAAUGGUGGGAAGUGUUACCAUAUUAGUGGUGCCUGUCUCUGUGAACCAGGAUACACCGGAGAGCACUGUGAAACAAGGCUUUGCCCAGAGGGAAUUUAUGGUCUCAAGUGUGAUAAAAAGUGUCCCUGCCACAUGCCCAACACCUGGAGCUGUCACCCUAUGUCUGGGGAAUGCUCCUGCAAGCCUGGCUGGUCUGGGCUCUACUGCAACGAGACAUGUUCCCCGGGAUUCUACGGCGAGUCGUGUCAGCAGAUCUGCAGCUGCCAAAACGGGGCUGACUGCGACAGUGUGACUGGAAAAUGCACCUGUGCCCCUGGAUUUAAGGGUGCUUCUUGUGGUACACCUUGUCUUCCGGGGACAUAUGGAGUAAACUGUUCAUCUGUGUGCAACUGCAAAAACGAAGCCAUCUGUUCACCAGUAGAUGGUUCUUGUGUUUGCAAAGCAGGUUGGCAUGGUGUAGAUUGCUCGAUAAAUUGUCCCAGCGGCACCUGGGGACUUGGCUGUAACUUAACUUGCCAGUGUCUUAACGGAGGGGCUUGCAAUGCUCUGGAUGGAACCUGUACCUGUGCCCCGGGCUGGAGAGGAGAAAAAUGCGAACUCCCUUGCCAGGACGGCACGUACGGUAUGGAUUGUGCUGAACGCUGUGACUGCAGCCAUGCGGAUGGUUGUCAUCCCACCACGGGUUACUGUCGCUGUCUGCCGGGAUGGUCAGGCAUUCACUGCGACAGCGUGUGUGCUGAGGGACAGUGGGGUCCAAAUUGCUCAUUGUCUUGCUACUGCAAAAAUGGAGCAUCCUGUUCUCCAGAUGACGGAAUCUGUGAGUGUGCACCAGGAUACAGAGGCACAACUUGUCAGAGAAUUUGUUCUCCUGGUUUUUAUGGACACCGCUGCAGCCAGACAUGCCCCCAGUGUGUACACAGCAGUGGUCCCUGUCACCAUAUUACUGGCUUAUGUGACUGCUUACCUGGAUUUACAGGAGCCCUCUGUAAUGAAGUAUGUCCCAGUGGCAGAUUUGGCAAGAACUGCAUUGGAAUAUGCACCUGCACCAAUAAUGGAACGUGUAAUCCUAUUGAUAGAUCCUGCCAGUGUUACCCUGGCUGGAUUGGUAGUGACUGCUCUCAGCCUUGCCCACCUUCCCACUGGGGACCAAACUGCAUCCACACGUGCAACUGCCAUAAUGGAGCUUACUGUAGUGCCUAUGAUGGGGAGUGCAAAUGUACCCCCGGAUGGACUGGCCUUUACUGUACACAAAGGUGUCCCCUGGGGUUUUACGGGAAGGACUGCGCUCUGCUGUGCCAGUGUCAGAACGGAGCUGACUGCGACCACAUCAGCGGGCAGUGCACCUGCCGCACGGGCUUCAUGGGGAAGCACUGCGAGCAGAAAUGCCCUCAAGGUACCUAUGGAUAUGGAUGCCGGCAGAUAUGUGACUGUCUGAACAACUCAACCUGUGACCACAUCACAGGAACUUGCUACUGCAGCCCCGGCUGGAAAGGGGCCAGGUGUGAUCAAGCUGGUGUAAUUAUAGUGGGAAACUUGAACAGUUUAAGCCGUACCAGUACUGCCAUCCCUGCUGAUUCUUACCAGAUAGGGGCUAUAGCAGGCAUCAUCAUUCUUGUCCUGGUUGUGCUUUUCCUGCUAGUGCUGUUCAUCAUUUACAGACACAAGCAGAAAGGAAAAGAAACAAAUAUGCCUGCAGUGACCUAUACCCCUGCCAUGAGAGUCAUCAAUGCGGAUUACACUAUUUCAGAAACCAUCCCUCACAGUAAUGGUGGAAAUGCUAACAGUCACUAUUUCUCUAACCCUAGUUAUCAUACCCUAACUCAAUGCACUACCCCACCUCAUGUCAACAACAUGGAAAGACUGACCCUGGCAAAGGCAAAAAACAAACAGCUGUUUGUGAACCUUAAAAAUGUGGAACCUGGAAAACGAGGCACUGUCAUGGAUUACACAGGGACACUGCCUGCAGACUGGAAACAUGGUGGCUACCUCAAUGAACUUGGUGCUUUUGGACUUGAUAGGGGAUAUUUGGGAAAGUCCCUGAAAGAUCUCGUGAAGAACUCAGAAUACAAUUUAAGUAAUUGCUCAUUAAGUAGUUCUGAGAACCCAUAUGCUACUAUAAAAGACCCACCAGCUCUUGUACCAAAAAGUUCAGAAUGCGGAUAUGUUGAAAUGAAGUCACCAGCGCGCAGGGACUCCCCAUAUGCUGAGAUUGCUGGCUCUGCUUCAGCCAAUAAGAAUGUUUAUGAAGUUGAACCUACUGUGAGCGUUGUCCAGGGAGCAUUCAGCAGCAGCGGACGUUUCAGCCAGGACCCGUAUGAUCUUCCAAAAAACAGCCAUAUUCCGUGUCAUUAUGACUUGCUACCAGUUCGAGAUAGCCCCACAUCCUCUACGAAGGAGAUCAGCAGUGAAUGACCCCAAAAGCUGAUGUGGGAGCACAGUGGGACUUCCAAGGGGCAAAGUGGCAUGGUUGUGCUCCUUCCUCUA